AUGGAGAACGGUGCUACAACCAACGGGGUGUCGGAAAAGUCGCACUCUCCGUCACAAACCUACCUAUCCACAAGAGGAGAUGAUUAUGGGCUCUCGUUCGAGACCGUCGUGCUAAAAGGUCUUGCCGCUGAUGGAGGCCUUUUCCUGCCCGAGGAAGUGCCCACAGCGACCGAGUGGCAAAGCUGGAAAGACCUGCCCUACACCGAGCUUGCCGUCAAGGUCCUCAGCUUGUACAUUUCCCCCGCGGAGGUACCGACAGAAGACCUCAGGGCGCUUGUCGAGCGCAGCUACUCGACCUUCCGAUCCAAGGAUGUUGUGCCGCUGGUAAAGCUGGAAGACAAUCUCCAUCUGCUGGAGCUGUUUCACGGGCCCAGCUACUCAUUCAAGGACUGCGCAUUGCAAUUCCUCGGCAACCUCUUCGAGUACUUUCUGACCCGGAAGAAUGAAGGAAAGGAGGGCAAAGACAGGCACCACCUCACUGUGGUCGGCGCAACAAGUGGUGACACCGGAUCGGCGGCCAUCUAUGGUCUUCGCAACAAGAAGGAUGUUUCCGUCUUCAUCCUACACCCCAAAGGGCGUGUAAGCCCCAUCCAGGAGGCCCAGAUGACCACGGUGCUGGAUCAAAAUGUUCACAACCUCGCCGUGACCGGCACGUUUGACGACUGCCAAGAUAUUGUCAAGGCCAUGUUCAACGACCCAGAUUCGAAUGCGACACUGAAGCUUGGUGCUGUCAACUCGAUCAACUGGUCAAGGAUAUUGGCCCAGAUCGUAUACUACUUCCACUCGUACUUUUCUCUGGCCAGGGCGUCACCGGAGACGUUCAAGGUUGGCGACAAAGUCCGCUUCGUGACACCCACCGGGAACUUUGGUAAUAUCCUGGCUGGAUACUUUGCACAAAAGAUGGGGCUGCCUGUUGACAAGUUGGUUGUUGCGACAAAUGAGAACGACAUUCUUGACAGGUUCUGGAAGACGGGUCGUUACGAAAAGAAGCCUGCGAGCCCUGAGGAAGCCGCAGGUGGUCUGCCUCAAGACGGCGUAAAGGCUCACGAGGAGGGCUGCAAGGAGACCCUCAGCCCGGCCAUGGACAUCUUGGUGUCAAGUAACUUUGAGCGAACAUUGUGGUUUCUUGCCAAGGAGUUCGCUGCCACGGCUGGCCUCAAUGACGAGUUCAACAAGAAGCAAGCGGGCCAGGAAGUUGUGGCUUGGUACAAGUCCCUCAAGACUACAGGAGGCUUCGGUCCAGUCCACCCUGAAAUUAUGGAAAAUGGCCGACGGGUCUUUGAGAGCGAGCGCGUGAGCGACAGCCAGACCCUCGAGAUGAUCGCAGAUAUGUACAAAGCCACCAAGUACGUUCUCGACCCGCACUCUGCCGUCGGUGUUGCAGGGGCCAAGAGGUCAAUGUCGAGGGCUCCGAGCGUCCCGCACAUCUCGCUUUCUACGGCCCACCCGGCCAAAUUUUCUGGCGCCGUCGAGCUUGCGCUCAAGGACGAGAAGGACUUUGACUUUACGAAGCAGGUCCUACCAGAGGACUUUGUCGGACUGGCAGAGAAGGAAAAGAGGGUGAUUGAGGUGUCGGCGAACUGGCAGGAAGUGAGAGAGAUUGUCAAGAAGCAGGUCGAGGAAGAUUUGAAGGCCGAAAGUAGUGCAUAA